UAUCAAAAUUUACUGGGAGCAUCGGUAAAUUUUUAUAUUCAAUUUUUCUCAAAAGCAGAAAUGUUUUAGGGGCUAAAGUUUCUAAUGCUUAAAAUACAUCCACAGGCCGGGGCAUCAAAAUAAAUCAAACUUGUGAAGAAUCACUAUCCGACCACUUUUCAAAAUUUCCCCAAACUUUGUAUUACCUUUAACUGUGAUGGAAUAUGCUGCGACAGCAUGUAACGGUGCAUGCAGACAAUAACAAAUGAACAUUUCUUAAUUAAAAUCUUAUUUACAUAAAAAAAAUUAUUGAUAUAGACUAUGUGUACUGUGGGCUGUGGCCUUUGUGGAUUAAGAAUUAAAUAAACGUUUUAAAUCAAAUAGUCUAAUAUAUUUAUCUGAUGAAAAAGGUUCCAUGCAAGUAGGAAAAACGUUGGGGGACUGCCAACUGGGACUUGGUACCCUCACCCAGUCAAAGAUGCCCAACCAUCUGAACACAUCUGAGCUGUUUUCAUCCAAUCCUGGGGAAUUCCUUCAGAGAGGUGGUUCAAGGGUCGACUAUACAUCCGAUUCAGCAUUCAAUUCUAGUCAAAGCUUCUCGAGUGGUGCAACAAACUCUCAAAUAAUGGGCUCUCAGAUGGAGAAUUCACAGUCUAGCUCCUUUGACCUCUUCUCUCAAAUGAUGUCCCAGCAACAGGGAGCCUCUCAACAAAAUGAGAGCACAUCUUCAAACUUCUAUAUGAAAUAUAUGUCGAAGCCCCCACUGUUCCAGAAGGAAAAUGCCUCAAAGAAGAGUUCACUUCCAAAGAGGAAGAGCUUCCAAGGAAUGCAAGAAUUCAAUAGGGAAAAAGCAAAGGAAAGAGAUGACAGAGAUCUGAUCAAUACUUUUAUAGCAAUUGUGAAAGACUGUGCAGAUGAAGUCAAGCAUGCUGCAUCGUCAAUAAAGAAAGAUGUUGAUUCAAACAUCUCAGAAACAACAACUCGCACUGCCGCAGUCAUGAGCAAAAUUGCAAAUGAGCUGGCCCUUCAUCACAGACAACUUCUUGAUAGCCUCAAGACCAGAGCGGAUCAUGAAGCAAAACUACAAUAUUUGAUGGACACAAUUGCUUCUAAAGAUGCACAGAUUCAGCUCCUUGAGUCUCAGCUAGCUACUGCCAGAUCCGAUAGAAAUGAGCGCCUCCUGAAAGCUAUGCUUGACAUGUAUACAGAGCAGCAAAAUGUAACUAUACAGCAUCUAGAUAAGGUCCACGAAGAGCAACAGAGCAUCAAAGAUCAGCAGAGUAUGCUUCUCAAAGAAACCGAAAAAAGCCAUGCCACCCUGAACAGGAUGACAACAGCUACACAUUCAAAGGGAGAUGACAGUGAGAGAAUAUAUCAGAUGGAAAGAGAAACGAAUCGUCCAACAAGUUCAUCAGUACCUCAGAUGUCGGCUAGGACAACUUCUACCAGGAAUAGAUAUCCGUCUGGUUCAGGUUGGAGUGAUGAUGCUGAGCGGUCAAGAGUAACACCUGUGCAAACAGAUAGCUACAACCAUUCAUGUAAAGUGCCUACUCAAUUCCGGGUCAAUCCUAACCAGGUGCAUGCACAGAGUUCAUCAUAUUACAGUUCUAGCCAACAUGGAGUGUCAGAUGAUGUUGCACCCAGAAUCGAGUGUAACAGGGGGUCUUUGAAUACUUCAUCACACCUUUUCCAGCAUCCGCCAGCUAAUUACCAGAACCAGCACCAGGUCCUGUCCAGUGGCAGUGCUGUGUAUGCCAUGCAACCUGUAAUGAGACCGGGAAGUGUGUAUCAGCCACAAGUAUCAUCUAACCCUGCUUCGUCUGAAUAUGGAGAGCAGCCAGGAAGCAUGAGGAAUUCUCAUCAAGACUGUCAGAAUCUUCCAUCUUCUACCAGUUAUUCAACUGGCAAGAGGCCAUCUUGUUACAACCAUUUCAAUAACAAGUUCAGUAGCCCUAAUUAUACCAGUAGUGAUCGGCAGCUGUGGUCCAAGAAGAAUUUGAAGCCAUCUCCUGUAGCGGCCAUAGCUCCUCAAGCCCACAGAGAACCUUGUGAUGAUGCACUACAGGAUACCCAGGUAGCUUCAAGGACAAGGAAGCAGAGCCGCCAAAAGAGAUCUAGGAGGGGAGUACAAGAACCUAAUCAACCACAGAGGAAAUCAGCUCGUCUGUCAGCCAGGAACAGCCCUUGGAAUGAAAAUGGAUUCUGUUCCUCGAGAGAGAAAAGAUGGGAGGGGUCUAGAGCAGCCAGAAGAAAGAACAAAUCUAAGAAAAAAGCAAGGUCAUGUUCUGUUGCCCCAUUAGCAAGAGAAAGCGAAAAUCAAGAGGAUGAGUCUGAAAGUGAAGGUGAAACAGCACCCAUUCAUUGGAAAGAGAAAGUCCCGUCUACCAAAAGAAGUGGUGCUCGAACCAACAAAUCUAUGAAGAAACUACCCGUCAUGAUGAAGCAAGUUCAAAAGCAUUCAACAGUUCCAAGUACAAACACCAGACAGAUUUCCGAUAUUAGUGCUAGGCAGAUUGAUUCUUCUGAGGAUGAUGAAUACGCAUUCCAUGAUGAUCCUGAAGAUCAACCAGCUACAACUUUCAAGGCUUUCCAUACUCUGAAGAGGAGCACUUCAUGCGGUGAUGAAGUCAAGCAUGAGCAACAUGAAGUUUUCACUAAGAGAUCUGUAAUCACAUAUUCCACGCCCAAGGUGAUGAGACAGGGAUGCACCUCUGUUCAAGUCUCAGCCUGCAAUGAGAGACAAAGGAAUAGUGCUACACAGGGAAGGCAAAAUGCCAAAGACGGCUUAUGGCGGGAAAGUAGAGUGUCUGGACUUUUCAAAAACCCAGUUGCUUCUUCUCAAGACAUUGACAUUUUGGAUGCAAUCCAGACAUAUACACAAAGUGAGGAUGAAGAAAGUUCCCAAGAAAUCCAGUUUUCCUUGAUACUACCAAGUCCUCAUGACUUGCAGAGAAAGAAGAAUCCUGGUCCACCCCGCUGGUCAUCUGUGAUGUCACCAUCAGUGAACAGCCGGUACACUGAGCAGGUUGUUCCAGAUGAAUCUCAACCCAAGAGAUCAUCCAAGAAAUUGACGACUACUCGUAAACGAAGAAUGAUAUAUGGAUCAAGGGAUGACGUUAGGAAGACUAUGGCUCAGCUUGUCACCCCUAUCUAGUAGAAGAAAUAUGACAGCUAUUCCUACCUGCCUCUCUGUCUAGAUUGUCAACUGCUCAUUUUGAAAACUUGUAUAUGUAAGUACAUGUAUGCCUGUCAUUCAUGCAUAGUUGUACAGACAUUGUUUAUGUAACAUAUAAUUGAUGUUCCAUUGGAGAAAGUUUGUUGCAUUGAAUGACACCUCAGGUGCACAUUUUGUUGAAGAUUUUGUUUCAUGAACAAUAUUGCUGUUACGAUGAGAUUUACACUUUGGAAUUACUAAAUCAAAUACAUUUGUUGAUUUUCUUCAUGUCUACAAAAUUUGGAUGAGAUUUUUUUUUUAAAUCAAGGUUGCACCAAUGCCUAUUAUAUAUAGUGAGUAUGUACUUUAUUACAUUAUUCUAAAUUUCUAAUGAACACUUUCAAUAGAUUAUUUGUGUAUUUUUAUUUUGUAGGCUAUGUAUGCCUCCUUGGAAUAAUCAAACAUUUUCUGGUUGUGUAGUGAUGUUUAUGAGCAAUAAGUUGGUGCAAUAACUUCACUCGUAUUAAUGAAUUUAAAACCUUACUCAGAUCAUUUAUAUUCUUUUACAGUAGCCGACAAGAAAAUUAUUGCAAUGAUCUUUGUUGAAUUGUUUCCUCACAGUUGGGUUAAUCGUCUUAUUUGCUUGAUAUGUUCGUGUUUUUACAAUUAUCCGAGAUGUAGGGAUAAACAAUAACAAUUUUGGAGAUGGCUAUGAAAAAUCAUAUAAUCAUCAAGAGCAUGUAGUCAAACUCAUCAAGAGAGCUACCGAUAUUAGCUCAGUUAUUGUUGGAUGUUGAUUUUUUUUUCCCUUCUAAAUGAUGAGUCUAUUAUUUGAAUAAAAAAGAUGUUUGUUUAUGAAGACAAAGAUGAUACACAGAUUAUAUAAUGAGAGUUUAUUGAAGAUACAAAAUAAUAUAUUAUGGAUGUAUAUAGUUGUUGGAAAUUCUAUCAACUUUAAAAGUAGACAAAUAUUUUUGAUUGGGUAAUGACUUAUAGCAUGGAUUAUGUAUACUUUCUUCAAGAACAAGUAUACAAACUUGUCAAGCGAGCUACCAGUAUAAGCUCAUUACAGAUACAUUGUUGGAUGAUGAUUUAUUUUUACUUUUUUUCUUUUCAUUCUGAGUGAUGAGUCUGUUGUUUGCAGAAAAAAUAGAUGCAUAUAUUUUUUCCAGAAAAAGAUAAUAUAUUAAUUAUUUAUUGAGAGUUUAUGGAAAUCACAAAAUAAUGUACUAUUGCUGUAUAUAGUUGUUGGUAAUUCUAUUAACUUUCUAGGUAAAAGAAGUUUAAUUUGGUUAACGACUUAUGACAUGCAUUAUGUAUACUUUCUAUUCGAUCAUAUUUUACUGAUCUAUGAUGUAAUUCUUGGGCAGGGGAAAUCUACACCUUGUCACUUUGAUGUUUGAUGUUGAUUUUGUGUUGUUUCCCAUCCAUGUCAGAGUAUUUGAGUAACCUGGACCGUGACUAGAUUGUAGCAGCAGAUUUAUUUGAAAGACGCUUUGAUAGCUAAAAACUUUUUCAAAGUUCAUUGUUCGAAAUGAACAAUGCACAAUAAAUGAUUACAGAAUGAUAAGGGCACUAAAAAUAUCUUGAAAAUGCUACUUUUUCUUUUUUAAAACAUGAUGUAUAUGCCAAAAAUGUGCAUUAUGCACAUUCCUUCUUUUUUGAAAAAAAAAACUCAAAGUGGCUCUUUAAGCUUUGUUAUGCCUUAUAGUCAUGACAUAAUUCAUAAUUGUGCAUGUGUUAAUUGUUGUUGUUUUUCACUAGAAAUACUUGUAUAUUGAUACAAAAUAUAUUUGCUUUAUAAUGAAAAUUAUAUUAUAGAGAGAAAGAUUACUUAGUAGAAUGUUGAUCAUUUAAAAAAAAAAGUGAAUACAACUCUGCCUUUCAUGCAAAUCUAUAGAUAUCCUGUUUAUCCAUCCAUGUCAUGUUUACUUAUGAGAAACACAGUCGAAGUAAAAAUGGAAAUGUGUCUAAUGUAACAUGACACCUUCUUUCUUUCUCUCCUGAUACCUCUGCAAGGAUCUUGUUGCAUUGAAAAUCGCUCUUGAAUUUACUGUGAGGCUAAUUUAAGUUGCAUGGAUCUGAAGAUUGCACCUGUAUUAUUGUGACACCUAUUAGUUCCCUAGUUGGAUUAAGAGGUGAUGAGAUGAUGAAAUGCUUGAGGGGUGCAGGCAGUGCACACUCACACAAUCCUCAAAAUUAAGCAGCACCUUUAAGCACCAAAUCUAAAUGAAUAAUUUUGUAUUCUCUCUCGGUCUCUCAGAGAUAGGUGAGUUUCUAGUCAUCCUGUGUAGAGAUUCAUUUCUAAAUUUUAUGACGUGUGAAAAGGAAAAGGAAUCACACUCCUUGAAAUGAAAAUUAUAGAUAAACAAUUAAAUCCAUAUUUUUAUUAUUUGCAUUCAAUAAAUGUGAUUUUUAUUUUAUUCAGUCAUUCUGGAACAUGUAAAAUUCUUGCCAAAUUAAUCAUUUACACAUUUUCGAAACAAAUGUAAAAAAGAAGUACAAAAUAUCCCCAUUUUAUUAGAAUGACAAGAGACCUGAAAAUCAAAAUUUCAUGCACAUGUUUAUUAAAUAUAAGAUAUAUUUACCACUGGCUUGUCUCAUACAUAUUCUGAAAACAGAUGUGAAACCUUAUUCGGUCGACAUACAGAAGUGCUCAAGGCAUUUUGUAUGAAUGAACAAGCUACUUUAAGAGUGAGUGUAAGGGGAUUCCAUGUUGAUAAUCAACAUUAUGUGAUGUACUAUUUACACUGAAGCUGAUAGACAUUUAUGAGAUUUCUGUCAGCUCCCAAUUUCUCAAUGUAUCAAGUGAUAGGUACAUUCUGUUAUAGUUGUAACACAUCUGACAAAUAUACGCCAGGCCACGUAUGCAAUCCAAUUAAGGAAUGUUCCUUCGCUUCAAAUUGAAUCUUGUUAUCUGUUUUUAUCUUGUUAUCUGCUUUUAUCUUGUUUAUAUGGCACCUUUCUUGCCAUUCCAGGUGUUUGAACUGAAAUAAAAUUUAGCCUUGCUUUUGAAA